AUGACCGCGCCAUCGUUGGUAGAAGAGAAGAGGAUGACGUUCGAUGUGGCGGCGACGACGACAGCAUCGACGACGAGUAAGAAGUCACCUCCGCUUCGCCCUAGUUCCGCUCAUCCCUUCAACUUCCUUCCGACUCAAGGCCAACAACAAUCAUCCCAUUAUGUCCUUGUGCCCGCAACAGCCAGCAAACCCCGUUGCCGAUGA